ACUUGAUACACGCGGCCGUUAGGUUCCCUCUGUUCAGUGUUUACUUCAUUUCUAAUGAUGAUGUGAGACCGAAACCGCUAGCUAGCUAGCCUAGCUAAAGUAAUGAAGAACCGGUAAGAGAUGGACGACACACCUCAUGUAAUGGGGGAACAUACUGAUGGGCCUCCUCUUACUUUUCAUCUCAUGCUAGCCGUUUGUUCUCAACUAUUUGCUGUAAAGUAACCGUUAUAUUCUGACUGGCAGUGUUAGCCUACUAGCGUGCUAGGCUAGCUGUUCGUGUUUCGGUGUGCCGUGAUAUGGCCGAUUGCAACAUUCGCCUACACUGGAAUUGGUUUCUUAUGUACCCGUUCUGAAUAACACAACCCUUGUUAACAGGGCCUGGCAUUUAGUGGUAUAGCCACCAGGAAGCAAUCUUAGCUAACGCCUCUGCUAGCGAAACGGUGUGGCCUGGAAUGGAGCCAGGCGACUUGCGAGAGAGCCCCGCCGGGUCCGGGGAGUCAGACACCGGGGACUGGAGGGAGGAGGGGUGUCCCGGUGGGCCUGAGGAGGUCAAAACUCCCGAAACUAAUGGGACAACUAUAGAGACCUCGACCAGAGACACCUGCGAGGAAGGGGAAACCGAAAAACAAAAAGGAGUGGGGGAGCAAUUACACAGCCCCUAUGAGGAAGAACUGGACCCCAGGAUCAAGGAUGAGUUGGAGCAUCUUAAUGAAGCCAGUGCAGAAAUUAAUAGACUGGAGCUGCAGUUGGAUGAUGCUAGAUCAGGGUACCGGAAAAUCCUCACCGAGUCUGCCAGGAAGCUAAAUGCUCACAGCUCUCAGCUUGGUGGCUGCAUAGAGAAAGCGAGACCCUACUAUGAAGCUCGCCGCCUUGCCAAAGAGGCACAGCAGGAGACCCAGAAGGCAGCUUUGAGCUACGAGAGAGCGGUCUCUAUGCACACAGCUGCCAGGGAGAUGGUCUAUGUGGCAGAGCAGGGCUUGAUGGCUGAUGGUAAGAACACUCUGGAUCCCACCUGGCAGGAGAUGCUGAACCACGCUACCUCCAAGGUGAACGAAGCGGAGGAGGAGCGACUCCGCAGUGAGAGGGAACACAUGCGCGUCACACACGCCUGUCAGGAGGCCGAGGCUCGCGUUCAGAUGCUGCAAAAGUCCCUCAAAAGAGUCAUUGUGAAAUCCAAACCUUACUUUGAGCUCAAGGCCCAGUUCAACCACAUUCUGGAGGAGAAUAAGGCCAAAGUGCUGCAGCUUGAACAGCAAGUAGCUAAAGUGAAGUCCCGCUACUCCAUCGCCCUGCGAAACUUGGAAAAAAUCAGCGAGCAGAUCCACGCUCAGAGGGGGCGGGACCAGGCAGGGGGAGGACGCACCACUGUCUGCGCUGGGCGUAGUCCCCCCGUUGGAGCCGAGUCCGACGUCAGAGUGAAGAUAGAAGGUGGCGCCUGCAGCGGUGCCGCGACGGGGGCGGGUCGGGUGGAUGCAGCCAUCGACCUGGAGAAAUACAAGGAGAAGGAGAUUGAGAAGGAGAGGGAACGGGCGGGGUCGGAUUCGCUUUCAGUCUUCAGCCUGCAGACCAUCGCUUCCGACUUGGAGAAAUAUGACUCCAUUGAGCACCUCGGGGACCUCAGUGAUGUAGGGAGCGUAACUGGGGAUGAGGGGGAGAAAGAGAGAGGCGGAGUGAUGGAUAGAAGAGACAAGAUGGUGGAGAGCGCCGCUAAAGAGCGCCAGCAGCAGUUCUACAAGCAGCACCACCGAAGCUUCAGUUUGUGAGGCUGCCAUAGAUAUGAAAUGUAGGGUCAACAUCCCUAACACAUAGGUACCAACCAAAGUCAAAAGACAGUAACUCAGCUGCAAGUGUAACACUGGAGUGAUGCAGUUCUAGGGGUAUAAAUUGAUACGUGUAAAUUAGCACACAUUACAUGACUGACAACACUUCAUUCUAAAGCUGACACUGAUCAAUAGUUAAUAUUGCAGCCUAGUUAGAACACUAACACAAUCUAAAGAGAUUUCAACCCUCCAGGACAUGUAUACAGUUUAUUCAUCCCUCUGAAGGAUUCUGGGUAGAAUGUUUUCCUUGUGCAUGAAGGAACAGCAAAAAGUGAUCGAAAGCCUGGGUUUAGCUGACUCGUUUCAAAAACCUUCAUUUCUUAUUUCCCAGGCUAAUCGUUGAUCUAAUCUGGUGAGACUAGUGUAAACAAAACCCUGCGUUGGUUCUCCUUCCAGUCCUGUCAGGUCUUAUCAGCCAUUGCUUCAAUGUAGAGUGUUUGCAGGGUCUCUCCACACACAAGAGACCCAGACUCGUAUUCACCCCCUUCAUCAAGUCAGUGUGCAAGGAAAAAUGACAAAAACGAUUCUGUCAGUGCGGAAUGAAAGCACGUUUGAAUUUCACAUUUCACAUAUUUAUUUCCAGUAACAUGCUGCAAGAAUGACUUUGUUAUUAUUGGCACGAGAGAAUGCGGUUUUUGAAAAUGAUUAAUGAAUGGAGUCUUGACAGUUUUCCACUCCGACAGCAUGCACUCCUAGUGAGCUAUACACAGGCAUUUAUGAAAUGUAUUUAGGGCUAUAUGCUGAAACAAACUGACACCAUUGAAACUAAGAUGACGAAGCUGCAGCCAUGGUUUCUUUUUUUUUAUGUCGUUAUGCUGUAGUCUUUUGGGGCAAGAGCCUUUUCCAAACAUGUAUUGUUUACAUUUUAAUAAGUGGAUUUCAUUUGCAGCAAAUGCAUUUCCUCUUUUCUUUGCCUUUAAACCAAAAUGUUUCCCCUUGUAAUUUGAAGUGUGCCUUGACACAAAAAAACACAUUUAGCAUGAGUAGCACCUUGUUGUAAUCUCAUCUGCCCAGAAAUAUGUAUAGUUUGCCCUUUUUAUGAUUUUUAGAACAUUUUAACAAUCCAGGUCUACCUAGUGCCGUUUCCAAGACUUGGAGAGCUAUGAUUUACGUUUUGAUUUCUUUAUUUUCUUUCAUGAUAUUGUACUUUGAUUGUCAAAGUGUACGAUGCAAAAAGAUGAAGUCAAGGAAUGACUUGUAUAUGUAUGUAAUUAUUACAAAGCUGGAAAAAUAUUGACAUGUACAGUUACAUGUGCUAAAGGAUUUGAAUGUUUGACGAGUUUGUUGUACAUAUGUUCGGGAUACUCACAGUUUGUCAUGUGUAUUUAAAUCAUUAUCGUCGCAGUUUAUCUGAAACACCUCACCUUCACUCCUGUCUUAACGAUUAGUCUUCAUCCAUUUAAUGGCAUUUCUGAAUUAGUCAGAAUGUCACUUUCCAAUUAGUGCAUUGUCCUAUCUAUAAUCAAUAAAUCAGAUCAUACUUA